UUUUUAAAGGUCUCAAAUGACGACCGUCUUACGUAGAAACCCGACAGGUUUAAGAAUUUUUGGAGUCUGAUUACUUGCAAGAACGAGAGAGAGAGAAAGAGAGUCUGAUCGAUUAUCGUUUGUGCUUUUCGAAACCCUAAUCCGAUCAAAUUCUCUGGCUAAACCUUCCCUGAAUUCACAGAUACAGAAAUAGAUAACAGGUAUAAUGGUCGAUGUAGCCGACAAAUUGGCUUAUUUCCAAGCAAUCACAGGCGUCGAAGACCCCGAUUUGUGCCGCGAGAUCCUCUCCGCCCACGACUGGGACCUCGAACAAGCCAUCUCCACCUUCACCACCACCACCGCAACCAGUACCUCCACCGCAACCCCCGCCCCGAACGGCGUCGUCGGAACCAGUAACCAAUCCGAUGCAACCGAAUCGGGCCUAGUCGUCCGCGGAGCAGCCGCCCCGCCCGGUCUCGCCUGGAAGCUCAUUACGCUGCCGUUUUCCAUUAUUUCCGGUAGUCUAGGGCUCAUUUCCGGCGCUAUUGGGCUGGGCCUGUGGGCCGCCGGCGGCGUCCUCUCCUACUCCCUAGGCGUAAUCGGGCUGAGCUCGAACCGUAACGGCGCGGCGGCGCCGUUAGUUCCGUUGUCGGGGGCCGCGGCGGAGGCGGCGGACUUCGUGGCGGAAUUCGAGAGGUUAUACGGCGCGACGGCGCGGCCGAAUUUCGUGGCGGAAGGGUUUAUGGACGCGUUGCAGAGGUCCAGGCACGAGUUCAAGAUGUUGUUCGUGUACCUGCACUCGCCUGAUCACCCGGAUACGCCGGCGUUUUGCGAGGGGACGCUGUGUUCCGAAGUGCUGGCGGCGUUUGUGAACGAGAAUUUCGUGGCGUGGGGAGGGAGUAUACGUGCCAGUGAGGGUUUUAAGAUGAGUAAUAGCUUGAACGCGUCGAGGUUCCCGUUUUGCGCCGUGGUUAUGGCUGCGACGAAUCAGAGGAUUGCCUUGCUUCAGCAGGUUGAGGGGCCCACAUCUCCUGAGGAAAUGCUGACAGUGUUGCAGAGAGUGCUUGAAGAAAGUGCCCCUGUUCUUGUUGCUGCAAGGCUUGAUGCAGAAGAACGUAGAACCAACAUCCGUUUGAGGGAGGAACAAGAUGCUGCUUACCGAGCAGCUCUUGAAGCUGAUCAAGCAAGGGAACGGCAGAGGAAAGAAGAGCAAGAGCGGCUAGCUAGGGAAGCUGCUGAAGCUGAGAGGAAGCGCAUGGAAGAAGAAGAGGCUCGUGAAAGAGAAGCACGUGAAGCUGCUGAGAAAGAAGCUGAACUAGCUAGAAUUCGGCAGGAAAAAGCCCUGUCACUGGGAGCUGAGCCUGAAAAAGGACCUGAUGUCACUCAAGUUUUGGUGCGGUUCCCAACUGGAGAGCGGAAGGGAAGGAGGUUCCAUAAUACUGCAACGAUCCAGGCACUAUAUGACUAUGUCGAUUCUUUGGGUUGCUUAGAAGUUGAGAGUUACAGCCUUGUCUCCAAUUUCCCCCGCAUCGUCUACAGUCCAGAGAAGCUCUCUAUGUCCCUGAAAGAAGCAGGGUUACAUCCACAGGCCAGCCUUUUUGUGGAGCUGAGCUCCUGAGAGCAACUUCUCUUACGCAAAACUUGAAUCCAAUGAUUAAACGCACUAGUAGGUUAUUUUGUUAUGUUCUCUCAUUUGUAUUUUCGACCUGAUUUAGUGAUGACACUGUGACAGGAUUGUUGCAUAUAUGCCUACAUGUUUGAUGUUUUAUGCUGCA